GCUCAACCUUUAGCUGUUUAUAGUAAACAUUGUUUACGAUAAAGAAAAAAUAUUUUCAAUUAUUCUGCUCAAUUUUUGAUUAUCUAUUUUAUCUCUGUUAUUUUAGUAUCUUUUCAUGCUACAACAACAUCAUGUGAGAUGUCAACUAUUAUUUAAACCAUUCAGUGAAUUAGUGAACAAAAAUGUGAAACAAUCAGCUACUAGUCCAAAAUUGUGUCAGUUUUAUUUUCAUCGCAUUUGUGAAAUGAUUCAGUUUGAGUAGUUUUUUUAUUCAAUUUUGCCUCCAACUGAAUUGGAUUGAUAAACAAAAGAUUUCAUCCAUUUAUGACUAUUUAGGCGUUUACACCAAUUUGUGAAAGUCCUGCAGUUGAUGGUUCAUUUCAUUUCUAUUUCUGUUUCAUAUUUGUGAACAUUUCAAUUGAACUGUAAUUUGAAUAUAAGGCAAGAAACAAAACUAGUCUUCAGUUAAUUCUUUUGGGUGUUGAUCUCUAUUGAAGGUUUUCUUCCCUUUAGAUUAUCAAUUGAAUUUUUCGCCAAUCCCAAUUUGUCAACAUGAGUCUAUCAAGAUCUAAAAUUAUGGCGAUUUUCGACUGUGCUGAUUGUUCCAAUUCAGACGCUCGAUGGGCAUCAGUUAAUCGUGGAGUCAUCGUUUGUGAUGAUUGUUGUUUAGUCCAUCGUAAUAUGGGACGUGAAGUCUCACAGAUUAAAUCAAUCACGAAAAGUCAAUUCCCUAGUGAACUUCAAAUGGUCAUUGAUCUUUAUACUAGUGGAAGCAACUCUAUCUGGGAAUAUACUUUACUCAAUUCGGGAAGUAACUCGUUAACCUCAUCACUAACUCACUCAAUGAGAUCUUCAUUUCGCAAGAAACCCAAUCCAAAGGAUGGACUUUAUCCCGUUAAAAAUGAUUUUAUCAAAGCCAAAUAUCAGAAACUCGCGUUUGUCAAAAAACCAGGACCCAAGGAUGGAAUCGAAGGUGAAAGUGAUGUUAGUGAGGAGCUUCAUUCGAGUGUUCGAAGCUCAAGUCUGAAAACAAGUUUACGUUUACUGAUCGCUGGUGCUGAUCCUAAUUAUCUGCAUCCAACUAAACAAAAUACUCCUUUACAUGUCGCUGCUAAAUCUGGUCAAUUGGCUCAAAUGGAUCUUCUCUUUGCCUAUGGUGCUGAUCCACUGAUCACAGAUUUAAAUGGCAAAACAGCCUUAGACUAUGCAAAAGGCGCUUCUAACAAUGAGAUCGUUGAGAGACUGAUCGAAUUUCAAUUUGAAUUGACCGAUCGGUUAUCUCACUUUCUCUGUGGCCGCAAACCCGAUCAUAGACAAGGUCAACACUACCUAAUCCCUCAAUUAUCUGACAGUAUUGAGCCUCCUGAAGAUUCACGUUUGGCUAAAAAUAAACUGCAAAAUUUAACAAACAAACAAUUCGAGGAACUUGCCAAAGAUGUUUAUGAUGAAGUUGAUCGUCGUGAAUUAGAUGAAAUAUGGUUACAACUUCUUAACCAAUCAACUGCUAAUCCUGAACAUAAUUUAGUUCCAUUUCUACCAGUCAACCCAAUGUUUUCUUCAACUCGAAACCAAGGAAGACAGAAACUCGCUCGAUUUAGUGCAAAAAAUUUCACCUCACUUUUGAUUGAUGUUCUUCUAGAAUCUAAAAGGAGGCAACUUCAUUCACCGAAAGGGUCAGAUGCAUUUUCAGCUCAAAAACUUCGAAUUACCAAUUCACGUAUCGAAUGGUGUUUACAAAAUACUAGUGAUGAUGAUACUGAUCCUUUAUACGAUUCAGUUGCUUCCGAUGAUGAAAGAGAUUACGAUGAAGUUGAAGAUGUUCUUGCAUCAAAAGCUAAUAAAUCAGAAGCAUCUAAAAAUAGUUUCACCGGAAACUCAGAGCAAUCAGAACAAUAUAAAGUUCUUCGAGAUCAAUUAUCCAAAUCAGAUUCAAUUCUGAAAGAGUUGAUGGCAAGCAAUAGAUUUAUGACCAAUGAAUUAUCAACAUUAAAAACUAUUGUUAGUAGUUUAGUUGAUGAAAAUACUCAACUUCGUUCACUGUUGGAAUCUCAAAAGCAAAAUUCAUCUGAAAUAUCGUUGACCAACUCUCCAGAUUCAUCACUCUUGUCCAGUCAUUCACAUCACCACCACCCUCACCCUGUUGUCCAACAAUCGCCAUCUCAUCAUCACCAUUCACCUGUAUUAGCACCUCGUUCUCCUAACAAGGUUCUAAUUAACCGACCCUCAUCAACUUGCGAUAAACCUGCAAUCGCUGAAAAACCCAAAUUGCGAUCAACACCUCCACCUCCUCCAUCAACUCCAUCAGUAUCUUUAUCUCCACAUCGAAUUACUCAGACAUUUGAAGAUACAGAACCAGUUGUCCCGCGACCAGUCUCAAAACCGAGUGUCCAACCGGCCGAUUGUAAUCCAAACUUAGAUCAAGAGUCGUUUCCUAGUCAAGGCGAAUCUGAGUUUUCAGAUCUUUCACCUAAACACAAUUCUAAAAGUCUAUUUGGAUCGGCAUCUACAGAAGAUGUUUUCCGUCGAACAGAACAAAUAACGAAAGGUAUUCAAGAACUACUUAAAGUAUCACAAGAAGGUAGAAAAGAAAUAUUCUUGAAAUGUGCUGAGAAUAUUCAAGAAGCAGUUUUUGGUUUGCUUACUUUAUUUCCUGAGCGACCUUCCACUAAUGUACCUCUACAGUCGGCAGAAGAGCAUUUCUAUCAAAUAAUCGAUGCUCUCAGUAAUAAUGCUGUUCGUUUGAUGUCUGAAUGUCAUGCUCGUAACUCACAUCUAGAAGACGCUGGUGAGGUUGAAAAGGUAAUCGAUUGUGCUUAUGAUAUCGCAAGAGCUGCAAAACAAUUAAUUAUCGUAUUAAGUGAUGCAAGCGAAAGGAAAGGUUAAAAUCAACACAAAAUUCAGUAAAUAGCUCAUAAUAAUCAAUGGCCUCAUCUCAGCACAAUAAUAAUGAAAAUUAAUUUUAAUUUUACUAAUCAAGUAUCAUUUUCAUCUUUUUUUGCAUCAAAAAACAAACGAAGAAUGGAAAGGAUGAAACUUCUCAGUUUCAUAACACCUAAAUUUUAAUAAUCAGAAAAAGUUCUUCCAUUUUAUUAAAUUCAUGUAAAAAACAUUGAAUAAAAGUGUCCAAACUAAA